AUGACAGCACCACAGCCCCCCGCUCCAUUUGGAGGAGGAUCGGCGGCAGCUAGUCUGGUGGGACAGCAGCUGGGGUACAUCCAAGAUGACCACAUCGAAGACCACAGCUCCGAUACAAUUCAGUCGGAGGAGGACCGCUCCAAGCAGAUUGCCUCGCUGGCCCGCAGCAUCUCGCACCUGUCACACCAAUCCGGUGUCGGAGAUACGACCAAGAACGAAAUCAAUACCUUUCUCGAUCCAGCGAAGGACCCCGAGCUCGAUCCCAACUCCGAUCAGUUCAAGUCCCGCAAAUGGGUCAAGAACCUGCUACAGUUGACCUCGCGUGAUCCUGAUCGCUACCCACGUCGAACCGCUGGCGUUUCGUUUCGGAAUCUCAAUGUGUUUGGCUAUGGCACCGCGGCCGACUACCAGAUGAACUUUGCCAAUAUCUGGCUGAAAGGUGCGAAAUGGCUUUUGGGUGCACUGGGGUAUGGCAAGAAAGUGCGCAUCGAUAUUCUGCGAGAUUUUGAAGGCUUGGUCGACAGCGGAGAGAUGCUGGUAGUUCUAGGCCGCCCAGGAAGUGGAUGCUCCACCUUCCUCAAAACAAUUGCCGGCGAAACCCACGGCCUCUACAUUGACGACGGCGCAGACGUGCAAUACGAGGGGAUCUCGUGGGACGAAAUGCACAGUCGAUUCCGAGGCGAGGUCAUUUACCAAGCUGAAACAGAGAUCCAUUUCCCGCAGUUGACGGCCGCCGACACUUUGUUGUUUGCAGCCCAUGCAAGAGCACCGAGUAACCGCCUCCCCGGGGUGACGCGAGAACAAUAUGCGAUCCACAUGCGGGAUGUGGUCAUGGCAAUGUUGGGCCUGACACAUACCAUGAACACACGGGUAGGCAACGAGUUUAUUCGAGGGGUAUCUGGUGGCGAGAGGAAGCGAGUCAGUAUCGCCGAAACUACCUUGUGCGGCAGCCCGCUACAGUGCUGGGAUAAUAGCACCCGUGGGCUUGACAGCUCCACGGCGCUGGAAUUUGUCCGCAAUCUCCGUUUAUCGACAGACUACAGCGGUUCUACGGCUGUCGUCGCCAUCUACCAAGCCAGCCAGUCCAUCUACGAGAUUUUUGACAAAGCCGUGGUGCUUUACGAGGGCCGACAAAUAUAUUUUGGAAGGGCUGAGGAUGCUCGACGUUUCUUUGCCGACAUGGGUUUUGAAUGCCCGGAGAGGCAAACCACGGCCGACUUUCUUACCUCUCUGACUAGCUCUUCCGAGCGUCUCGUCCGUCCGGGAUUCGAACAUCGAGUGCCGCGCACGCCGGACGAAUUUGCCGAGCGAUGGAAGGCUAGCUCCGAAAGAAAACAGCUACUGGCAGCGAUCGAAGCAAGUCGAUCUGCGAACCCUACAGGCGGACCCAAGUUCGAUGAGUUCAGCCGCUCCCGUGCAGCCGAGAAGGUCCAGGGUACUCGUGCUGGAUCUCCCUACACGCUUUCAUACCCCAUGCAGAUCCGCUUGUGUUUGUGGCGAGGGUUCCUGCGUCUACGUGGUGAUAUGAGCAUGACAAUCGCCUCUGUAGUUGGUAACAACAUCAUGGGCCUCAUCAUCGCCAGUGUUUUCUACAAUUUGGACAACGACACCGGUAGCUUCUUCCAGCGCGGCGCGUUGCUCUUUUUCGCCAUCCUUUUGAAUGCCUUUUCAAGCUCCCUGGAAAUUCUGACACUGUGGCAGCAACGUCCUAUCGUGGAGAAGCAUGCAAAGUACGCCCUGUAUCACCCAUCAGCGGAAGCCAUCAGCUCCUACAUUGUCGAGUUGCCGGCUAAGGUCUUGGUUGCAAUUCUCUUCAAUCUGAUUAUUUACUUCAUACCUAAUCUUCGCCGUACCCCGGGUCAUUUCUUUGUCUUUUUUCUGUUUUCGUUCACCACCACACUCGUCAUGUCUAACAUCUUCCGAUGGAUCGGUGCCAUUUCACACUCUAUGGCCCAAGCGAUGGUUCCAUCGUCAAUAUUUAUGAUGAUUCUGGUCAUCUAUACCGGGUUCACCAUCCCUGUGCGAGAUAUGCACCCGUGGUUCCGCUGGCUGAACUAUUUGAACCCGAUUGCUUAUGCCUUCGAAUCCUUGAUGAUCAACGAGUUCAGCAACAAGCCUUGGAAAUGUGUUCAGUUCGUUCCGAGUUACCCGAACGCCCCUCUUAGCUCAAAGGUCUGCUCGCAAAAGGGAGCAAAAGCAGGAGAGGCUAUCGUUGACGGCGAUGCAUAUAUCAACACGACUUUCCACUACUACGCGUCACAUUUGUGGCGAAACUUUGGUAUUCUCUGUGCCUUUUUUGUCUUCUUCUUGGUGGCAUACGUGGUCAGCAGCGAGCUGGUUCGGGCGAAGCCGUCCAAGGGCGAAAUCCUGGUCUUUCCUCGCGGCAAAAUUCCGGCCUUUGCCAAGAAGAUUCGCAAAGAUGACCCGGAAGAUACUUCUUCAGAGAGGAAGACUGCGGUAGCUGUUGAACUUCAAGAUAAAACAGCCAACAUUGCUCGACAAACGGCCAUUUUCCACUGGCAGAAUGUCUGCUACGACAUCAAGAUUAAAGGCAAUCCCCGUCGAAUCCUGGAUGGCGUGGAUGGGUGGGUGAAGCCUGGAACGCUCACCGCAUUGAUGGGUGUGACAGGUGCCGGCAAGACAUCGUUACUAGAUGUACUGGCGAACCGAGUGACUAUGGGAGCCAUUACAGGCGAAAUGCUUGUGGACGGACGACUGCGAGACGACUCGUUUCAGCGGAAGACCGGUUACGUCCAACAACAGGAUUUGCAUCUCGAGACUAGUACCGUGCGCGAGGCUCUCAUCUUUAGCGCUUUGCUUCGACAGCCGGCUGGCGUUCCACGGAAGGAGAAACUAGCGUACGUUGAGGAAGUGAUCAAAAUGCUGGGCAUGGAAGAAUAUUCCGAGGCUGUGGUGGGAGUUCUUGGCGAGGGUCUCAAUGUCGAGCAGCGCAAGCGCUUGACAAUUGGGGUGGAGAUCGCAGCCAAGCCGGAUUUGCUUUUAUUCUUCGACGAGCCCACCUCCGGCCUGGAUAGCCAAACGGCGUGGUCAAUCUGCACGUUAAUGCGGAAGCUGGCUGAUCAUGGGCAAGCCGUUUUGUGCACGAUCCAUCAGCCCUCGGCUAUGCUUAUGCAGCAAUUCGACCGACUGCUCUUCCUCGCUAAGGGCGGCCGCACAGUCUACUUUGGUGAGCUUGGUCCUAACAUGGAGACCCUGAUCCAGUACUUCCAGAACAAGGGGUCUCUGAAAUGUCCCACCAACGCCAACCCAGCCGAAUGGAUGCUGGAGGUUAUUGGUGCUGCACCAGGAUCUCACGCAGACCGUGACUGGGCUGACGAAUGGACCAAGAGCCCAGAACGGGCUGAGGUGCGACGCGAGUUGGCUCAAAUGAAUGAGGAGCUGCAAAAAAACCCCGUGCCUCCGCCGACUACCGGUUAUGGGGAGUUCGCCAUGCCCCUAUGGUAUCAGUUUCUUGUGUGUAUCCAACGCAUGUUUGAGCAAUACUGGCGAAGCCCAUCGUAUCUCUACUCCAAAGCUGCCAUGUGUAUUAUCCCACCAAUCUUCAUUGGAUUCACUUUUUGGCGUAUGCCCAAUAGCAUCCAAGGGCUACAGAAUCAAAUGUUUGCCAUUUUCAUGCUUCUUAUCAUCUUCCCCAAUUUGGUACAGCAAAUGAUGCCAAGCUUCGUGACGCAACGGGCUCUGUACGAGGCCCGAGAACGACCGUCCAAGGCCUAUUCGUGGAAGGCAUUCAUGUUGGCCAGUAUUUUUGUUGAAAUCCCGUGGAACAUCCUUAUGUCGGUGCCAAUAUUUUUCUCAUGGUACUAUCCAAUUGGACUCUAUCGCAACGCCAAGCCGAGUGACAUGGUGAUAGAACGCAGCGGCACCAUGUUCCUACUCAUCGUGGUCUUUAUGCUGUUCACAUCCACGUUUAGUUCAAUGAUGAUUGCAGGAAUUGAGCAGCCCGAGACUGGAAGCAAUAUUGCGCAGUUGCUAUUCUCGCUAUGCUUGAUCUUCAACGGGGUACUUGCGAACCCAGCCCAACUGCCGGGAUUUUGGAUUUUCAUGUACCGUGUGUCGCCAUUCACCUAUCUCGUCUCGGCGGUCCUCUCGACAGGCUUGACGGGGACCACGGUGCAAUGUUCCGAUAUCGAGCUACUCAAAGUUUCGCCGCCACCCGGGCAAAGCUGCGCGGAUUAUCUCGACCCGUACAUUAACGUGUCCAAGGGCAAGCUCUACAAUCCCAGGGAUUCGGUAGAUUGCAAAAUUUGCUCCAUGUCCCGGACAGACCAGUUUUUGCUCAGUCUCAAUAUGCCGUACUCAGAACACUGGCGCAAUGUUGGUCUACUGUUCGCCUACGUCGGCUUUAACAUUGUGGCGGCCAUAUCCUUUUAUUGGCUCAUCCGAGUACCCAAACAUGCGAUUGGCCGUGGGCGAUCCAAAGCCAGAUAG